AUGGGAUCCCUAACAGCACAACUGCUUUGCGAAGUUGACAAACUCCGUACUGAGUUGUUGAACAAUGUCGAAGUCAUGACGGACUGUCAGCGCGCCGAAGAUGAAAUUAGUCACAGGGAGAUUUUGACCCGCAUUGAAAGCGUUAUUGUAGGAAUAGUGACCAGUCUGUCCAGAGAUGAAGCCCCUGUCCUGGCACUGCCCAAGAGAUUCAGCUGGGCCAACGUCAGCUUUGACAGUGCCAUUGGGCUUCAAAUGAGCUCAGGAUGCUCUGUCACCACCAUUAGGAGCGACUGCCCUUCAUCUGCCACUAGAUUUGCACAAAUUCUUAAGAUUCUCUCAGUCAUCUACAGACUUGUGCAGAGCAACUCAUUUGCUACCAAAAGAGACAUCUAUUACAACAACACACAGCUGUUUGGUUCGCAGAAAACUGUUGACACUAUAGUAGAUGACAUCUCCUGCAUGCUGAAAGUUCCUCGUAGAUCUCUGCAUGUGUUGGCUACAUCCAAGGGAUUAAUCUCAGGCGAUCUGUGUUACAUGGAGGAGGACGGCACAAGGAUCGACUGCCACUCCAGCUCUGCUGCUGUUUCAGUUUCAUCAAAUAUCGUUGGAAUUAGAAAUAUCGCAUCAUCUGCAAAAUUUAUCCUGAUAGUUGAGAAGGAUGCAACAUUCCAGAGACUGCUGGAUGACGACUUCUGCACAAAGCUCUCUCCUUGCAUCAUAAUCACAGGCAAAGGUGUGCCAGAUGUGAACAGCAGGUUAAUGGUGAGAAAACUUUGGGACGUGCUGCACAUCCCCAUCUUCGCCCUCGUGGAUGCUGACCCUCAUGGCAUUGAGAUCAUGUGCAUCUACAAGUACGGAUCAGUGGCAAUGUCGUUUGAGGCCCACAGUCUGACCGUCCCCAGCGUUAUGUGGCUAGGCCUCCUCCCCUCUGACCUCCAGAGGUUACGAGUUCCUGAGGAGGCCUUGAUCCCGCUCUCCAAGAGAGACGAAAGCAAACUCAACAGCCUCCUCAAAAGGCCGUACUUAACCAGCCAACCAGACUGGCAGAAAGAGAUGGAACUGAUGCAGCAGAGUAAGGUCAAGGCUGAAAUACAGUCGCUGGCAGCCAUAGCUCCAGACUUCCUCACCAGCAUCUACCUGCCCAACAAGCUGCGCUAUGGAGGCUGGGUGUGA